AUGAUAUAAGCAGCAAAUAUUAAAGUAGCUGUAAGAAUCAGGCCCUUGCUUGAGGAUGAAAUAAGACAAGGGCACACUGAUAAUAAGCUAGAAGUUGACCUAAAUAACUCUACAAUAAAUGUGAUGCAUGAUAGAACUAAUGUUUACAAAGGUUCCUCAUUUGACUAUGUCUUGGACUAAGAAUCUUCUCAAAAGAAGGUCUAUGAGAAGGUUGCAAUUUAGGAUCUUGUCAAAUAAGUAGUAGACGGUUAUCAUGCAACCGUCUUCGCUUAUGGAUAAACAGGUUCAGGAAAGACAUUCACUAUGGAGGGUUAUAAAUACAAAUAAAAUGAUAAGGGAGUUCCAGUGCCAAUAAUUGAGCAAGGUGAGAGCGAGGGUAUUGUACCAAGAUCUAUUCACUUACUAUUUGAACUGAUCAAGCAACAAUCAAAUUUACAACAGAAAAAAUUUACAGUUUACUGUUCAUACCUUCAAAUCUACAAAGAAAAAAUCUUCGAUCUUUUGAAUAAAGCACAGCUGAAAAGACUGACGAAUGAUGGUCCUGGGUUGAAGUUGAAAUGGAACAAGCAUGAUCAUUUUACAGUGGAAAAUCUCUAUACAUUUGAGUGUAGGUCACCUGAUGAUGUGCUGGCAUUAUAUCAUUUCGGCAUUAGAAAUAAGGUCGUUUCUUCACAUAAUAUGAAUAAUUCGUCUAGUAGAUCCCAUACUAUGCUCAGUCUUACUGUAGAGCAAAUUGAUGCUAAGAAUCCAGACAAUGUAGUUAUGAGUAAACUGCAGCUAGUAGAUUUGGCUGGAAGUGAACGCCAAGCUUUCACAGGAAAUGUUGCUAAUAAAGAAUCUAUUGAUAUCAAUAAGAGUUUAUUCACUCUGAGAUAGGUAAUUACAGCACUAACUGAAAAGAAAAAUCAAGGAAACAGUAAUGGUUACGUACCAUAUAGAGAAUCAAAGCUUACUUCUAUUUUAAGGCAAAGUUUAGGAGGUAAUAGCUUUUGUCUAAUGGUUGCAUGCUUGAAUCCAUGUGAUCAAUACAUAGAAGAAAACAUCAAUACACUAUAAUAUGCUGGGAAAGCAUCCUACAUUUCUAAUAAGCCAAUGAGGAAUGACGAUCCUAAAAUGAGAUUGAUUGAUGAGUUAAAAAAAGAGAAUAAACUGUUGAAUGAAGAGUUAGCUAAAGCAAACGAUACUAUUCAAUUUCUAAGUUAGAUUACAGGCAAUAACCCCCAAACUAUUAAAAAUAAUCUUGGGAAUGUGUAAAUGCCUGCUUUGACUAUUCAAUCACCAACCGAGUUAAGGUAAAGCAUGUAAGAUCGGACUAGAUAAGGAUCAGCAUCAUCAGCUGUAACCGAGAAAAGAAGAGAUAGUUCUGAGCGAAGAACUAUUAUAACGGAAAGAAUCAUAAAGGACAAAGACAAUAUUGAGAAGUUUUUCAAAGAUAAAAGUGAAACACUCUAGAAUAUAGCUAACAUGAACAAACCGAUGCCUAACUUGCCAAGUGCUGCAAAUGAGAGUAAAGAUGCUAUUACUGAAAGAAUUAUUCAUACAGUGAAUAUGAUGAAGGAAGUCUUGCAAAGUAAUCUAAAUCUUAGAGAAACAAUCUAAAAGCAGAGUGAAAUAAUUGAUGGCUUGAAUGCAGACAUCUUCAUGCUUCAAAAUGAGAAUGAAGACCUAAGAGAUAGAGUUUAGAUUCUUGAGGAGUAUACCGGCAAGGAUUCCUUUGUGGAUGUAUCAAAACUUGUGAGAGAGAAGAAGGUUCUGGAAAACAGAGUUAAGCACCUCGAGUAAACAAGCAUGAACUGGCAAUAGUUUCAGGCUACAAGACAAAACUUUCAUCAGGCCAAGGACCUUAUAAACAAAUCUCAAGCAGGGUUAUUGCCGAAAGCAACCUUGAACAAUGAGUUCAAUGAUGACUAUGAACCAGUAAGAUGUGCUAUUAACACAGCUGAGCAAACAAAUUCAGAUACUUAAGUUGAAAAGAUACAGAGCCAAGCAAGUACCAAUAAAAAGAAGAAGCUUGAACAGAUCAAUUUUUAGAAGCAGGUUAAUAGAGGAGGAAAGAACACGAUAAUUGGAAUGUAGUCAUAGCUAAGUGAAAACUAGAACAAUAUGUCUGCUAGUGACAGACAUUAAGAAUAUAAAAUAAGGACAGUGAAAAGUUUAGCAAAUGCUUACUAAUAACAGCAGUAGCUAUCACAAUAGUAUAUUAAGUCAAGAGUGAAUCAUGUUCAAACAACUAAGCACACUAAUAUAACUAACGGCAGCGCUACUAAAUUCAAUCAAGUAAGUGGCAUGAAUUUGACUGCCUAUGAUAGACAAAGAAACUCUAUUGGUAUAAGCGGUGUUUCUUAGACCACUUUCAAUGGUAAUAAUACAUAAGAUGUGAGCAAUCAAAGUAACUACAACUUGCAUCAUCAAUUUUUGCAUUCAAAUACAUAAGAAGACACUAAAACUAAGUCACCACAAAUAGGUUCUACAACUUCCAAUCACAAAUUCCUAAAUCAGAAGCAGAUGAGUAUGCCUCCUAGAUAAACUAAUGACUAAAACUACUAUCAGAAUAGCAAUACCAGGGGAAGCGAGAGCUUGCCAAAUGAACCUAUGCAGUAGUACAGGGAUUAAUCUUCCCAACCAAGUACGAAUAACUCACUCAGAGUCAAGAGAGACCUUGAACAAGCAUAAUCUUUUACAAAACCCCCUAAGAGCCCAGAUAAAUACUCAGUUUCAUAAAAGAAGUAAAAGCGCAUUACUGGAGGGACAGAUGCCUCUAACUCUCAGAGAGAGCGAAUGAAUGUUUCAGCUGACUAUAUUAACAAUAACCACAGCCAUAAUUCUAGUGCCAACAACAGAAAUACUAUCAGUAUCAUAGGCGGGGAAGCUCAGGAUCAUUAAGGUGAUGAAAGCGGAAGUAGCAACUAUAAAAAUAACAACAACUAUGAAGAUGAUCAGCAGGAGUACUUUGAAGAAUACGAAGAGGACGAGUAGGAUCCAGGGGAGUAUAAUGACGACGCCUAUGCAGUCGAGAGAACAGCAAAGAAGCCACCCAGGAAUCUGCAAAGGCCUAUUGCAAAUGGCAACAAUAAUAUUCAUAUAAACGGAUAGUAUAACCCUAAUAACAGAGCAGAGAGCGGCCUGGGCUAACUAGAUGUGUCUCUGCCAAUGAUUAAAAACUGA